CGAUGCGAUACGUGCCUAGGCGCAUUUGCGCGAGUCGAACGGAGUCGAAUCGAGUCGAGUGUGUGUCGCGAGGUACCCGUGGCCCCUUUUUCCUCCGCCGAGGUGUUCCUCGCGGAUUUUUCGGCCCAGGCCGGUGCUCCACGCCCGGUGCGUGUACGCCGCGGGAUCGAUCCAGGCCCGCGCCGACGACGAUUCAUGUACGCGGCGACGAAAACGCCGGAUCCGCCGCGUCUCGAUGUAACGACAUUUCCGGAAGGCGAACCGACGUCCGCUCGCGGAAUUUUUGGCACCGACGGCACGCCGUUCAAAAGAACGUGAGUCACGAAAUCGCACUGGAUAUCGCGUUCAGCUACGCCGGGAAUCGACUUGUACCGUCUGGUUAAAGAGGUUAAGUUUCGCUACGUUGACGACGCAGCGGAGAAGCGUGGUGGUAUCUCUUAUACUAAUCUCAAUUUAAGCAUGUCAGAAGAACAUCAAUUGCCUUCUGAUUCGGAUGAAGACGACGAAGAUUAUGUUCCUGAUGGCGCUGAUUGUGAUCCAGUAUCCGAAGUAGAGUCGGAAGGCGAAAUUGAGAGUGGCCCGGAGGACGAAAAUGAUGAGAACAAAAGAGAUACUGGACGGAAGAGAGGUACAAAGAGAUCUAAAGGUCGAAAGAGUAAAAAGGCAAAGCACAGAAGAACCUUAGACGGAGGAAGAACCUUAGAAGAAGGAAGUAAAGAGGAAGAAGAAUGUAAAGAGAAGAAAGAGCUCACUGAGGAAGAAGAGAAAAAGAGAGCGGACUCUCUUUGGGCUGAUUUCAUGAAGGAUACAGCUGUUGGGAAAUCAAAGCCACAGAAUUCAAUCAAUUCAAUCAAUAAGUCCAAAGAGAGAUCGCCACCGAUUCAAAAGCCAAAAGUCCAAGAAAAGGUUAAGAUAACUAAAGUUUUUGAAUUUGCUGGUGAAGAAGUAAAGGUCGAGAAGGAAGUAUCGGUUGAUUCUGCGGAAGCCAGAUUAUCGCUUUCCGCGGCCGAAAAUUCCGCCGCGAAACCACAGGAAUCCACAUCUCCCGCGGCCAAAGAACGAGGCGGACGAGGCGGCGCUAAGCGCGUCGGAUUAGGCGGCAUUUCUUCGGUUCUGGGACAGAUCGGAAAAAAGGCCAAAAUUAGUACGUUAGAAAAAUCUAAAUUAGAUUGGGACAACUUCAAGAAACAAGAGAACAUUGAGGAAGAACUUAAUACUCAUAACAAAGGCAAGGACGGAUAUCUAGAGCGGCAAGAUUUUCUACAGAGAGCUGAUCUACGGCAAUUUGAAAUCGAGAAACAAUUACGGAAUUCUGGCAGACGUAGUACACGGUGAAUUCGCAUUUUCUCGUUUAUACGCGUCACUUCCUUCGAGAUAGGACGCUGAGAUAAUAAUAUCGCGGCAGGAGAUAUUUACUCGCAGACUUGCCAAACUCGAGCGCUUGCUGCACACGUUUAGCCUAAUUUAUUCGCGCUACAUUUUGAGUAAUACGCGGAGGGAGCGUUGCCUCGUUCGACUCGACAAUGUGCCGACUACGCUAGCGAUCGAUGGUUUCUUUGAAGAGGGACCGAUCAUUCCAGUGUUUUGAGACUCAUUUCUCAUGCGUACGUAAUAAUAAUAGCUUAAGUUACUUUCAGCGAGCCUUUGUCUCGGCCUGAUGACCGCACAGAACUUCGCAUCGAAGCAGAUUGUUCGAAGCUUUUGACGCUUCUCGGAAAAAUUGUGCCCAUCUAUAGUAUAUGUCCACAAAAUAUUUUUUUAUUUCAUUUCAAUGAGACGCGAUACGUUUGCAUGUGUAGUAUGAAUAUAUAUACGCAGACAUUCUAAUAAUAACGAUUAGAAAGUUAUGAGUGAGUACGAAAGAAUAUAUGUUUUAGGUAACAUAACAAAAUGGUAAAAUAAUAACAUUGAUUGACCUCAUUCAUGACCACUGCCUAUGGCACUGUAUGUGGAAUAUUAUAUUUAUAAAUGGACCUCCGUAAUAGAUAAUCUAGAUUAUGUUGAAGCAGGUUGCGGCGAUUUUUGUAUAUCAUCUAUGUCUUGAAUUGUUAGUAUAAUAAGAUAGUACAACACAUAAAAUACAGACAUUGUUACUUUCAUGUAAUGUAUUGUAUUAGAUAGCAAUAUCAACAUAAUACAUACAUAAGUAUACUCAAUAUCCAAUAUUAACAAUCCUCGAUUCAGCUCAGGUUCCUCGAUAUACCGAAUUUGAGAUACAUUUAGUGUAACUCCACACAAGGACUGCUUUACAUUUGUGAAUUCUUUAGUAAUAUUACCGAAUAAAUUGUCGAAAAGAGAAA